AUGUCGCUCUUCUCCAGAAAGAAACCCUCGCCUCCCGCACCCAUCUUGCCACCCGGCGUCCCGACAGUCAUCACCACCCUCAAGAACGGCAUCAAGGUCGCCUCGGUCGAAACCCCUGGCCACUUUGUUUCCUUCGGCGCAUACAUCAACACUGGCACCCGGAACGAAACCAUCGCCAAUUCUGGAUGCAGCCACAUCUUAGAUCGCAUGACCUUCAAGAGCACCCGCGACUUCACAACUGAGCAACUCGUCCAGCAGCUCGAGGCGCUCGGCGGCAAUAUCUCGGCCCACAGCUCCAGAGACACCAUCAUGUACCAAUCCUCGGUUUUCCGCCCGGACCUGCCAAAGGUUGUCAACAUUGUCUCCCAAAUCCUCCGGCAUGCCAAGAUCCUCCCCGAGGAGCUCGAGGACACGCGGAUCACCACCAUGUACGAGCUCGAGGACCUCCAGAUGCGGCCCGAGAUGAUCCUGCCGGAGCAUCUGCAUCGUGUGGCCUUCCAGCACCCCGCACAGGACAACACCCACACCCUGGGCAACUCUCUCUUCUGCUCGCCCGAGCAGCUCAACAGUCUUACUCCGGAGGCCAUCCGCAACUACAAGUCGACUUGGUAUACCCCCGAGCGCAUCACCUUUGCUGGUGUGGGCAUGGAGCACCAGGCUCUUGUCGAGCUCAUAGAGCAGCACUUUGGCGACAUGUCGCCGGCAUCGCCAGAAACCUUGGCCCUGCAAAACUCGCUUAUCCGCCCCGCAGUCUAUUCGGGCGGCAUCGAGAUCUUGGACACCUCCAGCAACCCUCCGCCGCCCAAUCCGGACAUCCCCGUGCUCACCAACGUGUACGUCGCCUUUGAGGCGCCGUCGCUCUACGAUCCCGACGUCUAUCCGCUGGCCAUCUUGGCCAGCCUCAUGGGCGGUGGCGGCUCCUUCAGCGCCGGUGGUCCAGGCAAGGGUAUGUACACCCGGCUCUACACCCAAGUUCUGAACCGGUACCACUGGGUCGAGAACUGCAACACCGUCAACUACUCCUAUGCCGAUACGGGGCUCUUUGGCAUCGCUGCGGCCGUGCCCCCUUUUGUCGAAGCCCACCGUGCGAUCCUGCCCAUCAUCUGUGAUCAAAUGGUCCGCAUGACCAUGGACAUUGGUCGCGAGGAGCUGUCGCGCGCCAAGAACCAGCUCAAGAGCAACCUGCUGAUGAACUUGGAGAUGCGUAUGGUCGAGCUCGAGGAUAUCGGCAAGCAGGUAGUGCUGCAAGGCAAGCGCGUGGAUGCAAGCGAAAUGUGCCGCCGCAUCGACAGUAUCCAGGCCGCGGACAUCAAGCGAGUCGCCCGCCGGGUUGUCCUGGGCGAGGACAUUCGGUCGCCCCUCGAUUUCGGCGACGACAACACUCGCCACUGGACCCGCACUGGCCAGGGUCAGCCCACUGUCGUUGUGCAGGGCCCUAUCUUCGACAAUGAUCCGCUCCACAAAGCGUCCGAGACUCUACGCGACUGGCAGCUCGGUCGGUCUCAAGCGGCGUAA